AUGGAAGAUUUCCCACGCCUCUUUGAUUCGCGCACGCAGUCACAUAGACUUAAUUCAAGUCCAUCCAGGCCCCCGCCAUCUUUCUUGUCUGCUGCCACAAAGAUCAAGAACAUCGUUCCCCUUUUGGACCGCGUCCUUAUCCAGCGUGUCAAGGCACAGCAGCAAACCGCAUCUGGUAUCUAUAUUCCUGAGAAGGCUCAAGAAGCGUUGAACGAGGGUGUAGUUGUUGCUGUUGGUAAGGGUGCUUUGACCAAGGAUGGUAAGCACAUCCCUCUUCAGGUCGCUACCGGUGACAAGGUCCUUCUCCCUACCUACGGUGGAAGCAUCGUAAAGAUUCAGGAUGAGGAAUACCACCUCUACCGCGAUUCUGAGCUCCUCGCCAAGGUCGAGAACUAAAUUGUACACAUAAACCAAUUCUGAACUUUUAGACAUUCAUUUUUUAAAUAUAUAUAUAUAUAUAUAUAUACAUAUAUAUAUAUAUAUAUAGUAUUCCAUUUUUCAUAUACUUUUAAAAGCUCAUAUACAUAAUACAGGGUAUCAAUACAAGAAACCAUAUAAAAUUGCU